AAAGAGCGGACUGAUUCACAUAGCGGCUAUUUAGUGCAAACAGAUAGCGCGGCCAUCACCAGGCGACAUGUAGAACCAACUGAACCAUGGCGGCCGACGACGACGACGAGGACGGCGGUAGCAGCGGCGGCGGCGUUCCGCUGCCGUCCGCUAUUCGAGCGGAAACCUCUUCCGCCGCGACGGCGGAGAUGGAAGGCGCAGGGCAAGCACCAUGCGCGGUUCGGCGGGAUGCGACGACGCCAUGGCAGCAGCAGGAGCGAGAUCGGGCCAUAAUAACGAGUCUUCGCGAGGAGCUGCGGGAGGCUCAGCUCGACCGAGAUCGCGCCGAGCAGAAGCUCGUGGACUGGCUGCGCGGCGCUUGCCACUGCGGCGUCCCGGACGGCAAAUUAGCCGUGCAUAAAACAGCCACUAUUAACGAACCGCUCACUAACGAGGCUGUCGCGGCCGACGCGCACGUAGUAACUCUGAUGCAAGAUCCCCCGGAUCGCGGAAACUCCACCGCAGCGCCGGCGAAGGAGAGGAAUCAUGGAGGAGGCGCAAUGUCGGACGCCUCGGAGCCUUCGAGUGGGUACUCCUCGGACCCCUCGGAGGAGUUUCGGAACUCUCCUGCUGGCGAGUUUCGGAACUCGGAGGAGUUUCGAUUGGGCUCCGCCUCGGAGUCGGAGUCUCUGCAGGAUGCCGAUGGCUUUCCCGCCGCGCCGUCGCAAGAGCAUCCGUCGCGGGAAGGCCGCGCGCUGGGGUAUAUGGAGGAAGCGCUGCUUCACCACGCGCGCAUGCUCGCGCGCGAGCGGAACAGGCGCGCGGAAGCCUCUGCGCGCCGGGAGGAAGCAGAGGCGCGGUGGCGGGCGGCGCAAGAGGAGGCGGAAGGUCUCCGCCGCGAAGAGCUAGAGCGGCAGGUGAGAGAGAGGGAGGAGCAGGUGGAGAGGACACGAGGAGAAAAGGAGGAGUUGGAGGGGAAAACUAAGGUGCUGGAAGUCAGGUGCACGGCCCUGCGGGGAGAGGUGGAGGAGAAGAACGAGUUGGUGAAGUCGCUUACAACGAGUAUGGCGGACAGAGAGGCAAAGAUGGAGAGGCUGAGGGCAGGGAUUGAGGAGAAGGAGGGAAGAGUGAGGGAGCUGGAGGGGGAGAUGACUACCCCCCUGCACCGCAUCCCACGUCGCCUCUGCCCUCUCCUUCCACGAGCACCACACGCAGCUGCAGCGACUGGGAGAGCAGGCGAGAGAGCUGGUGGGGGAGAUGCGGGGAUGGGAGGACGGGGUGGCGGGGCAGUGGGACGUGUGGUGGGGACGAGCGCAGCUUUGGCGUCAGUGCGUCAUGCAGCAGCCGCAUCAGUUGCCGCACCAUCAGCAGCAGCAGCAUCAACAGGGGCACCUACAACAGCAGCAGCACCGUCAGCAGCACCACCAUUGGCACCAGCGCCAUCAGGCUCAGCUUUCCAGGUCACAGCAUCAGCAACAGCAGUACCUGUAUCUAUUUGUCAGCUAACCACCUCCAUCCCGCCUCCACAUUUACCACCACCACCACCCGCAUCACCACUACCCGCAGAAGACACUGAUUCAACAUCACUCACAAUACAAACGCCAGCAGUAGCACCAGCACCAUCACUGGCACAGCAGCACCAUCAGCAGCAACAGCAAUGGCAACAGCAGCUGCAAGUGAAGAAGGCGGAGCAGGGAGGGCGAGGGUGAGAGUGAGAGGACCUGCGAUGGCAAGGAGAGUGAGUGGCAGCAGGGCCGAGCAGGAGCGGCAGGGGGAGAGUGUGAGCCAGACACCAUGCCGCUCAGAUGGCAGCAGAGAGAGAGCCAGAAAUGGCGUCGAGUGGGGUGUGGGAGUGGAGGAAUCAGGAGAGGGGGGUGCAGAAGGGCAGCAGGAGCAGCUAAAG